GCCGAAAAUAACAAGAUUCCCAAAAGGACAGGCCAGAAAAGAGGGCAACCAACAUCAUGUUUAGCUUGGACGCGCCGUUGCAGCCGGCGAUCGAUGGCUUUGUCGACCCCGAGAAUGGCGAGCAGCAGCACACGACGCACCUCAACAACGUCGUCAUGAGCGUGCAUCGCAAGACGCCGAUCGAGCAGGUCAUCCAGGGCCUCGGUGCACACCUCACGCACGUCCAAGACAAGCGCCGGGCGCGGGCCACGCUGCUCCUCGCCGAGGUGCUCACGCGCCUGCCGGACCUGCGCUUGAGCAGCGACACGGCGCACCUCCUCCUCACGUUCUUUCUCGAGCGGCUCAAGGACGGCCCGAGCAUGGCCGCGUGCUUGAAGGCGCUCGUCGCCCUCAUCUCGCUCCACGCCGCGCUGCUUCCUGCCAACGACGCAUGGACGGUGGUCGAGACGCUCCUCAACCUUCCGACGCCGAUUGCGUCCUUGAGCCAGAGCAUGCGCAAGCAGAGCUUUGAGCUGCUGCAGCUCAUCGUGCGCCGCGGCGCCCUCGGCGACCACGAAGGCCGCGUGCUCAUGGACGGCUUUCUGCGCGCCAUGAGCGGCGAGAAGGACCCGCGCAAUCUUCUGUUUUGCCUCCGGUUUGCGGCCGAGCUCCUCACGACGUACGCCAAUGUCGUUGACGCCGACGUCGCCAAAGGCUUCUUUGACGCGACGUCGUGCUACUUUCCGAUCACGUUCCGCCCGCCGCCCAACGACCCGUACGGGAUCACGUCCGAGGAUCUCGUGCUCGCGCUUCGCAGUGUCUUUGUGGGCCACGACAGCCUCGCCAAGCACGUGCUACCGAUGGUGCUCGAUAAGCUCAGCCGCACAACUGUCGUCGAGAUGACCAAGGACAUUCUGGAGACGCUGGCGUUUUGCUGCGCGAAAUACCCGCUCAACCGCCUCCUCCUUCACUUUACGCCGGUCGCCGCGGCGGUCUACCACCACGUGCUCCACGGCGACAACACGGCGGUCAUUGCCGUUGCGAUCGACGCGCUCAAGACGAUCACGCGCGCAGUGUCGCCGCCGAGCAAGCUGCCCGGCAUGCAAGCACUGGCGUGGAACAAAUGCAUCGUGUACCUCGUCAACCAAGCGGUCGAGGACCUCGCGCACCAAGCCCCCGACUCGAUGGUGAGCACGGGCGCCGGCCAUGUGCUCUGUGCAAUCGCGAGUGUCGGUGUCGCUGGGUUUAGCCACGUGCUGUCGUCGGCGCUGGCUCUGCUGCUCGAGCAGUGCGCCGCGCAGGCCGGGUCGCCCGCCGAGGCUGCCACCGCCCGCCUUGUGCAGCUCCUUGGGUGCAUUGACGCCGAGGUCGACCACUCGGCGCCGCCGCUCGUGCCCUAUGUGAGUGCGAUCCAAACGACGCUCGUGCACGGGCUCGAAACCGCGACCUCGAGCCGGCAGCAAAAGCUGUGUCUCCAGGGUCUGCGCUGCCUUGUCUUGCGGCCGCCGUCGCCGCUUCUGGACGAUGCCUCGCUCGAGGUGCUCCUGCAAGGCUGGACAAGUACGGUGCUCUCCAACCCGUUUCCGGAUGUCCGCGACGAAGCCACGAGCACGCUGCAGGCCAUUGCGCUCAAGUCGCCUGGCCUCGCGCAGAUCGUAUUGACGCGCUGUGUGCCGUCCUUUCUGCAAGUCCUCGAACAGCCGGCGGCCAAUGCAGCGUCUGGGCGGUCGAUCGAGGUCAUGGUGCACGACACCCUCGCGGUCCUCACGCAGCUCUCGCUCGCCCCCGCCAUCUUUGAAGCGCUCCUCCUGCCGCUGUGCCAGAUCAGCUGGACGCACCCGUUUGCGACCGCGACGAUGGCGGCCGCGGCCGACAUUGUCCGCGUCAACAAGGGCUCGGUCGCGUGCAUGGAUUACGUCAUCCUCGGCACUCGUGACACUUCAUCGUCGGUGCUCUCCCGCCUCGUCGACGCGCUCGUCGUGCACGUCCGGACGCAGUCGAUCGACGUCCGUCCGAUCGUGCGGGCGACGGCCAGCAUGAGCGCGCAUGUCAUGCAGUGCGGGUCCCUCCCGGCGCAAACAACGCUGCUCACGUCGACCUUGCAGCUGGCCUUGACGUCGGACAUUUCGCCCUUGCGUGGCCACGCCCAGCUACUGCCACUAUUGAACGCAGUACUCUACUCGUGCGGCGCGGCGUUGACGGCGCUCGAACCCGACGUGCUGCCGCGCCUCUUGCCGCAGCUGUUUACGCUCGCCGCGCAGAGCAGAGGCGACGACGAGAGCAUUCCCAAGGCGCUUGCGGCGCUCUUCAACGUCCUCCCAGAGGACACGCCGCUGUUCGCUGCGUACCUAAAGUGGAUCACGUCGCCCGAUGCCCGCCUCGAAGGCAUGGCGUCGCCGGCGGCCGUCAUUCUUGAUGCGACGUGCUCGCAGGACACAAGGCUCGCGGCGCUGCAGACGUACGUGUACCUCUGCAAGGCCAUGGUGCUCCGGGGGCACGCCACGUAUGCGCCGGCCAUGCUCUCGCUUCUCUGCUCGCUCUUGACGUCGCCCUUUGAUUUGCGGCCGGCGGUGGCCACGAGCUUUGCGGCCCUCGUGGCCGAGUCGGACGAUGUGCUCGCGCCGGCGUGCCACGCCUCGAUCAGCUGCGUGCACCGCCAGCGAACGUUUGCCCAUGUGUUUCCCCUCCUCUUUCAGUCGAACCUCGACUAUGAAGGCCGCGUCGCGCUGCUCUUGAUUGUGGCCCACACGCCCCAAGCGAUCCUCGUGCCGUCGCUGGCUCAGAUUGCGCCGCUGGUCAUCCUGGCGCUGACCGAGACGGGGCUCCUCGGGCACUCUGCGCUCGCCACCUUCAAGAUGUGCCUGCAGCAAGACCCGAACCUCGUCCAAGGCUUUUUCAAGGACGUCUUCAACGGGCUCUUGUGGCAGACGCAGUUUGGGCAAUCGGCCCGCGACCGCAUGGACGCUCUCGAAUGCAUUGGCGUGCUGGCGUCGACCAAGUACGAUCUCAUCCACCCGUAUAAGGAGAUGGUCAUCAAGCGCCUUCUGGCGCCCAUUGACGACCGGAAGCGCGUCGUCCGACAGCUCGCGGUGAAGGUCCGCAACCAGUGGUCGAUCUUGUAGAUAUUGCACAUAACACGUCGAGAGAAUAUAGACACAGUCGAGUCUGGCA